AUGCUGACUCUCGCUCCUGGUUCGGUGUGCGACGUCUGCGCUGAGGAGUACGGUCCCCAAUGUCUUCCCCACUCGAUUCCCUGUGGUCAUGUUCUGUGCGCGAGCUGCAGUACUACUAUCGCAGAGAAGACUCCCUCACGGCUCAAGCCCGUUUGUCCCUUUUGUCGCGAAGAAUUCACGGCCGAUGACAUUCGUUUAAUACGUACGGAUUUCAGCUCGAGUGAGCGGACUACCCCCCGACGCUUUCCUCCCCCAAUAGAGGCCAGCAAGAGUGACUCGGCUACUGACUUGUGGGCCCGUAAGGCUGAGAGGUUUUUCCUUUCCGACGUGGGUUGCUCGAGAUCUCGUGAGGAGGCUCGAAGACUCGAGGACAAAGUGGCCAAGGUCGCGAACAAAAAAUGUUCCGUGGAGGAGGUCUCUACUCUCCACAACGAACUGGAGGAAUGGUUGACGUCCGCCGUCAAGUCUGGAGAUCAAACUUCGUCGCUGUACCUCAGUGCUGCUCUUCUGCGCGCCAUUCUAAUGAAUCAUGUAGCGCAUUCUGAAGCUAGCAAGACUGCAAAGCACAAUGAAAACAGCCUCAAAGUCAAGCUUGACGACAUGGAGAUCUCGAUGGGUAAGCUAGAAGCUGAGCUCCGCCGACAACGCGAACAGUAUUCUCAAAAAUCGCAUGAAUGCGAGAAACUGCGGACGGAGCUCAGCCGCUUUAAAGGUGUAUCACCGCUUUCCUCAUCGUACACGGCGUCUCCGCCUCGUUUUCAAAGCUCGGCCUCCCCGACACCACCGGCGACACCUACGCCAUCAUCCACUACCACAUACAGUCCUUCCGGGAAUUCCCCUCUUUCACGCUACAACUCGCUUCACAUGAGGUCUGCCUCCAUGAGCGCCUCUUCACGACCUGUUACGCCGGCUCAGCCUGUACGAUCUCACACGCCAUCGCUACGAUCCCAGACGCCCUCUAUACGAUCCCAGACGCCUUCGGUACGAUCCCAUACUCCGGCACCCCCGCUGCCGCCCCUCCCUCGCUCUGCGAUAUCCACCCCGGUCUCGCGGUCCCAGACCCCCGCACCACCCAAACCACCCAAACCCCGCCGCCUAUCGCAGCCCUCACCCCCAAAAAUGGUCCGCUCCCUCUCGGAAGAGAAGCAGGAGAUUCACCAACGUUGGAUCCCUCCAACGCAGGAGGACCUUGAUGCGUAUCCCGGUAACCUGCUCAAGUAUUCUUCGACGCGACAUACCUCGCGGUUAAGGGAUAUCCGCUCACCCUCUCCAGGGUAA